UUAUUUCGUUUUCAUAGAAAUUCCGCGUCGCUUUGUGUAUAGAUACGGGAGAACUUUGCUCGUUCGUUGUACGCGCUGUACGUUGACGUUCGUACCCCGGUUCGACGACGGUUCGAACAGAAAGGAAAAAAAUAUCUAAAAUUUUGUGAAAAAAUUAAUUAAAAUAAAAGCAAAAAAACAGAAAAAAUAGAUAGAUUCUAAAAAAAAUAAAAAAGUUUCAAUUGGAAUUUCAAUUUAUCCUCAACAAAUCAAUUAAUACUCAAACAGUUUAAUUCUAACAAGAUUUGCAAUAAAAAGAUAUCAAUGGAAUAAAAAAGUAUCUCACAGAUACAAAAUUGUGUUUUUUUUUAAUUCUUAAUCGAAUUGGUGAAUAAAAGAAAUAUUUAUUCAAGUGAAAGGAAAAAUUCCACCAAAAUUUAUACAAUCAAAAAGUGUGCAAGAUACAAAAGUAUCUCAAGAUAUAUGUAGAUGGAAAUUUUAAGAAAAAGUGCUGUGUGUCUUUUUCUUGGGAAAAAUAAAAUUAUAAGUGUUCUUAUAUUUCUUAUAUAAAAAUACAAAAAUAAAUGUGCAUUGCAGAAAUAUAAAAUAAAUUAAAGUUGGUAGGUGCCUAAAGCCCUCUAAAGUGUUCAACAUAAAAUACAAAAUUUUGUAUCUUUUUGUCAAAAAUUUCUUUGUGGAAACAAGAAAAAAAAUUAAAUAAAAAAAAGGAAUAGAAAUUCACGAUAUUUCAUCAACGUAGUUCGCGGUGUUCGUUCGGUCCACUUUUUUUUUCGUUUCUUGUUCUUGUUGGUUUGGUUUUGUGUCCUCUCUUGAGUUCAAUUCCCAGUGGAAGUGAGUGUGUUGUUUUUUUUUUUAUUUUUCAUCCACCGCCUUUUUUGCCUUUUGCAUCAUUUGCAAUAACAACAACAACAACAACACAAAAACGGAGCAUAGUGAAGUGAAAUAAUAUGCCAGCCAGUGGCUGCGCAGUAAAAAUUACCCACCAGACCCAUUGGGGUAUGGAUUCGGUUUCCGAAUAAAAUAAAGUACACAAUAACCCCCCUUUUAACCGACCGACAGAAAAAUACAACAACAACACGAAAAUUUUAAGAGGAAAAAAACAACAAAAACAAAUCGAAAAUUAUCAUCAUUAUCAUCGGUGUCGUGUUUAGUCGUCGUCGUCGUCGCUCUCAUUCUCUCCCUCGAAUCCGUUUGGUUUUUGUACCUAUCUCGAAAUCGUAAAAGGUUCAAAAAACAUUACACACUAUAUUUAAUUUCAAAAACAGAGACAGAGACAGAGAUAGAUAUAGAUGAUAGAGAGAAAUAUCUUUUGUCGCUCGCUCUCUUGAAGUUUUCUCAUCGCCGCGGUCGAGUCGUAUCUCUUCGCUAAAAAGUUUUGAAAAAAAAACCGACACAAGAAAAGACAACGCGAAAAGGGUAUAAAUUUCGCACACCCUUUGGCCGUGCCUCCUUCCACCCCCCCACACAUACCUUUGCUCUCUCUUUCUUGUCUUUAACGAGACUACGUUAUUUAACCCUUUACGUGUAAACCCGUAAAUGCAGCGCCCCCGCGUGUUAAAUGAAAGGAAGCUUCUUUCUUAAUUGGAACCUAAUUUUGUGGAUAACUUUUUUUUCACAACCUAAAGCGCCAUUUCUUUUAUUAUGUACAUCAUAGAUGGGCUAAUCAAAGAGAUACAACAAAAAACAAAUGUAAAUGUUCCAUAAGAAGAACAAAACAAAAUAUGGUAUACAUUUGGAUUUCUUUUGAAAAGAAAUUUUGAAAUAAACAGAAAGUAAAAUAAGACCAACCCCAAAAAGGAUUACAAUAUUUUCGUUUAUAUUAUAAAUGUGGAUUAUCAAUUGCGAUUAAUUAUCAUAUCUAAAAAGUUUUAAAAUGAACGGUUUGGCCCAAGGGCCGGGGCCCUGUGUCUCCCGCCACCAUCUGUUUAAAUUUUUGAACAACAACAUUCUUACAACUAUUUCAAAACAACUUCUUGCUCAAAGUCAUAUUUUAUCAAAAUUAUAUAAAAAUUUAACAUCUCGAUCAUUGGUGUUUAUUCAUUCUAAAUCAAUUGAAAAUAUUGUUAAUAUUGGAUUUAUAUCGUCGUUGUUGUUUCGCUUAGAAAUUAAUAUUAAAAAUAUAAAAACUGAGCAAUUAGUAGUCAACGGCAACGAAGUGUUGAGUUUUGUGGGCCCGCGUUGUGCGGCAGCCCCAUCUUUUUUGUCUGCAUGGAGUCAAUGAGACGUAGUGAGGCGAAUAGUAGCCACCACCCGAAUAAGGUGGCCGUUAACAGCUUAGCAACGGAAAGCAAUAAACAAUCGAGUGGUAGUGGUUCAUCACAAUUGAACAAUAAUAAUAAAUUGAAUUAUAAUUCUGCGACAGUAGCAGCAGCAGCAGCGGUUGUUGUGACCACAACAGCAUCAGCAACAAAUGUAAAACAAGCAAAUAGUUUAUCGAAUUCUACGUGUACAAAAUCAAGCAAUAAUAAUAUAUUAGUAUCAACGACGACGCAAUCUAUAAAUAAAGGGAUUAACAAUACAACAGAACAAAUUGUAUCCCUUUGCUCGCAAUCAUCAGCGUCAACAACGUCCUCGUCAUCGGGGUCGUCAUCGUCGUCGUCAUCGACGUCAUCAUCGUCAGCCUCAUCGUCGACUUCAUCAACAUCAUCAUCAGGAGCCUCAUCAUCGGCAUCGAGUACCGAAUCUAAAGACACAAACUUUGAAUACGAAGACGAGUGGGACGUUUGUGGUAUACCAGAAUUAAUAAUCGACUUGGACGCAGAUAUUGAAAAGUCCUCAUCGACCGCAGAAGCGGCCGCAGCAGUAGCUUCUUCUAGUUCUUCGGGUGGUGGUGGCAGUAGUGGUGAAAUAACAACCACUGCUUCCACAAACAAUCUUGCACCCACAACGGUGGUGGCAGUAACAGCAACAGCAACAGUAACAGAAACAACAACAGCGACAGUAGGUCAAUUAAAUGCAACAGCGAAGUCUUCAAGUGCAGCAUUGUCAUCUUCGUCAAGUUCGUCUUCAUUAUCGGCAAAUACAUCCGCAAACAGCGCAGCAUUGUCAGCUUCAUCGUCAUCCCCAUCGUCGGUGUUCCCACCGCAGUUGGGAAAACAAAACAGUACCCUGUCCCAAUUGCGGAAUACCCUUAUCAGUGGAUCGGGCAAGGAGAAGAAAUCCACGAAUAGUAGUAGCAAAAGUCUGAAGCUGCAGCAACCAUCGCUGGUGGCACAGCUCAAUAGUAAGUCACUUAGCGGCGGGAGCGGCAACAAUACCGGCAGCAGCAGCAAUAGCAGUAGCUCAACUUCGUUAGCCACAUCCACAUUUGCCGGAUUCUCCAAAGGUGGGAAUCUGGUGAAUCAGUCAGCCGGUUCCGGCGUAAAUACAUUUAGUGGCCCGAAGAGCAGUAGCAACAAGCCAUCGGUUGCCACAUCGCAAUCCCUGCUGCAAGCACAAGCGAACAGCAUGUCAUCACAGCCGAGCGGUGGACAAGGUGCUGGAAAAUCAGCCACAAAAAUGUCAAUAGACCAUCAAGCUACAUUGGACAAAGGAUUAAAAAUGAAAAUCAAGCGAACCAAACCCGGUACAAAAACCUCAGAGGCAAAACACGAAAUUGUCAAGGCCGAACAGCAAAACGGCAACACACCUAAUUUAGAAGACGCCUCCCCAGGCACUAAUUCCACAUCUCAGUCAUCCUCUUCCUCAUCGUCGUCAUCCUCAUCGUCUUCCUCUUCUUCGUCGUCAGGCAAGAAGCACAGCGGCAGCGGUGGUGGUGGUAAUAAUCAAAACAAUAGCAACGCUGCAAGUGGAAGCGUUGGCGGAAGUAGCAGUAGCUCUGGAAGUCAGAGUAAUCAAUCAUCGUCAGUGCAAAUGGUGCCUGCACAGCAAGGCACUAAGCGUGGCAGCAGCGGCCACCGUCGCGAGAAGACAAAGGACAAAACGCCACACUCCCGGGACAAAUCGGACCAUGGCAGUGGCAAUGGAAGCACCGGCGGCAACGCCAACAAUUCCUCAAACUCUCACAGCAGCAAUUCGACCAACGAUCGGUCGUCCAGCUCAACACCAUCUUCUUCCCUAUCCGCAGUAGCGAACUCAUCAUCUGGGGCUCUUGGAGGAGGAGGAUCAAACUCAGUGUCAUCCUGCAACUGUGGCCACGAAAUAAGUGGCGGCGGAAGUAUUCAAGGGCCAUGCACAAAUCUAUCCUGCAUCCGUAACCGAACCAGCGGUAUGGAUGCACUAGGGCAAAGAAUGAAUAGUGGCAGUGGGAAUGGCUCCAACUCCCACAGUGGCAACAACGGCUCAACAACCAGUUCAAAUAUUCCCCCCGGAGUGUUCACACCCUCGACGAACAGCAGCGCUGGAAAUGUUCAAUCAUCGAACAGUGGGUCACCGAACGCUCCCGGGCCCCCAAAAGACAGUACAAAAAUGUCAUCGGCGGGACUUCUAGGUGCUAGCAACUCCCAGCUUUCGAAUUCUGCUUCAGUGUCGACGGGCGCAUCAUCCUAUAGCAAUUCGGCUGCACAAACUAAUGCCAGUGGCAAUAGUGGCACCAGCUCCGCCGGCAAUCCCGGUGCCAUCGUCAAGUCGAUGUCAGCGACAGCACCCGGCAUGAUCUCAGCCACAGUUCACCACACGAUUUCGGUACCCGCGAACUCUGCAGCAGCAGCUGCUGCAACUGAUGACGGCACCAAGAGUCCUCCGGCUAAACGUGCCAAGUGCGACAACAAGGACAUGAUCGACAUCUGUGUGGGCACUUCUGUAGGCACGAUCACCGAACCGGACUGCCUGGGUCCAUGUGAACCGGGCACUUCGGUCACUCUCGAAGGAAUUGUCUGGCAUGAGACAGAGGGUGGCGUUCUCGUAGUUAAUGUCACUUGGCGUGGCAAGACCUACGUCGGAACACUGUUGGAUUGCACCAGACACGAUUGGGCUCCUCCAAGAUUCUGUGAUUCACCAACUGAAGAGCUUGAUUCACGAACUCCGAAAGGGCGUGGCAAGCGCGGACGUAGUUCAGUCCUUGCUCCGGAUCUCAGCAACUUCACCGAGACUCGUAGCUCUGUUCAUUCCAAACUCCGCAAUGGCGGUUCCAAAGGUCGUGGCGGUCGUGCAGUCACAACAGCUGGUGCUGCAGCAACCACCAAUACCACUACCAACAGCACUGCAUCCUCAUCGACGUCGUCCACAUCGUCGACGUCGUCAUCGAACGCUAACUCAACCAACACGCCAUCGACCUCGCCGACGGCAUUCCUGCCUCCGCGGCCAGAGAAGCUCAAAUCCAAAGACGAGAGUCCAUCCCCAGUGAAUGGCGACUCAGCUGCAAGUGCGGGUGGUGGUGGUGCUUCCGGCGGCACCAGUGGCAAUGGCGCCAUUCCUAUUUUGGCCAAUGCCAGUGGAAUUCAAACGCCCGCUCUAAGCGCAGGUUUGUUGGGAGCACAGCCUCAGAGUCUUGUCAAUCCGGUAACCGGAUUGAAUGUUCAAAUCUCCACGAAGAAAUGUAAGACUGCGUCGCCGUGCGCGAUCUCUCCGGUGUUGUUAGAGUGCCCGGAACAAGACUGCAGCAAGAAGUUCAAGCACGCCAAUGGUCUGCGCUAUCAUCAGAGCCACGCUCAUGGAUCCGGAUCGAUGGACGAAGACUCGUUGCAGUUGCCAGAGUCACCGGUGCGUUCGGCUCCGCCGACAACACCUUCACCAGCUCCCGCUGGUACUCCUCAGCCACCGGCUACACCAACAGCGACAGCAGCACCAGACGCUCCCGAAGUAAUCCCAACGGCUGCGCCAAUCACCGCCCCGCCAACACCCACAAGUGGGGUUCUUCCUGUGACACCUAUAGCUGCGCCACCCUCGCCCGUAGCAGUUGCUGUUCCGUCAACGCCACCAGCAGCAGUCACUCAGGUACAGGCGCCGCCACAGACAACAUUGCCUGUGGCGCCGGUCUCGGUAGCACCAACACCUAGUGUGCCACCAGCGCCACCUAUAAUAAGUGUCCCAUCAGUUCCGGCACCAGUUGCUUCGGUUACUAUUAGUGGCAGUGGCCUCCUCAACGCAGUCCAGACAUCUGCCCCAUCAAUUGGCAUUGCAAACCAACCACUAUCUGGCUUGCCUCCAAUUUCGCAAUUACCCCCACAGCACGCGAUUCCCGGUGGCAGCAUCACUGCUGGCAUUUCAGGACAGGCUCUUUCUCAGCACCAACAGCAUUCGAUUGUUAAUCAAAUUAUGGGCGAGAUCGUGCAACCACAGCAGCCAUCCCCUCAACAACAGCAGCAACAACAACAGCAGCAGAUGCACUCUGGGCCACUUAAACCAGGAGUUCUUCGAUUUGGUCCUCAAACUGAUAAUGCUCAGGUCAACCCAAUCCCACUGCCAGUGCAGAGUCCACUGAGACCUACCCCGACUCCUGCUAUGGCUCCGCAGUCUAGACCUCCAGGUACACCAGAAACAGCCCACCAACCUGUUGGCUAUCCUGGUGCUCCUUCUCAAGCAUCGCAACAAGGCAUUCCAUUGAGCAAAUCCCAGCAGCCAUUUGGCAAGCAAAAGAAAAACCGCAAAUCACCGCUUCCAGGCGACUUUGAUAAUUCCAUGUCAAGAGACGACGUCCAAAGUCCCGCCUACAGUGAUAUAUCUGAUGAUUCUACACCGGUUGUAGACACAGAGAUGAUUGACAAAUCUCAAGCUCCCAAGCAUGUUGUUGAUAUAAAGAAGCCGCAGGAAGGUGCUCCACCUCCGAUACCACCUCUGAGCAACUACGGAAUGUAUCAGUUCUAUCCACAGCAACAAUAUUUGGUUCCUUCGGAGCAUCAGCAGGUUAAAGGUCCGCAUGGAGCACCUGGUCAACCACCAUCGGUUAUUCCACAAUCGCCGCAAAUCGAAUACACUAAGAAUAAGGAUCCUCCAUUGGACUUGAUGACAAAGCCCUCGCCGCAACAACAGCAGCAACAACAACAACAGCAGCAGCAUCAACAACAGCAGCAGCAACAACAGCAACAUCAACAACAGCAGCAACAAGAACAGAAUAUCAAAGACAGUGUGCAGACUCUUGGAUCUGGAAUGAGUUUAACUAGUGGUGGACCAAAUCCAGUGUCCAGCAAUGCUCCAGGAGGAGCUGGAGCACCAGGUUCGCUGCCAAAUCCUUCGCCUGCAAAGCCAAUUACGCACUUCUAUCCUUUCAAUUACAUGGCUGCCCAAGGAUAUCCUUACAAUGUUGAGCCAAAUUAUGGACCUGUAUCCAUGGUCUCCGAUGAAAAUAAACUCGGACAUGCUCUGCAAAAUCCACCACCAACUUUGAAGGACGAUCGCAUCAAGGAGAGUCAAAGCCCUCACGAGAAUGCUAAAUUAUCGACGCAGAUGAUUUCAUCGAAGUUGAUAAAGAGCGAGCCAGUGACCAAGGAGAUCAAACAGGAACCCAACAGCCACCCAAUGCAUCCUAAGGAUCCUCCAGUGCAAUCGAUUGGCGGCUAUCCGGGCAUGUAUCAGCGACAGCAGUUGAGUAUGCCGCACCAGCAUUCACCGCAUCUUGCGCAGAAUGAGGAACUAAGAAGGUAUUAUAUCUUCUCGGAGCAGAGACGUAACAAUUUUCUGCAACAAGUUCAGUCUGGGUCACAUCAACCGCCACCUGGCUCACAAAUGAAGCCAGAGGAUCUACCAAUGUCGGCCCAACAGCAGCAGCAGCUUAGCCACCAGCAAUCGCAACAAAUGCAGGCUCAGCAGCAGGCACAGCAACAAGCUCAACAGCAAGCUCAACAACAAGCUCAACAGCAAGCUCAACAACAGGCCCAGCAACAAGCUCAGCAACAACAGCAGCAGCAACAACAACAGCAGCAGCAGCAACAACAGCAGCAGCAGCAGCAACAACACCAACAGCAGCAACAGCAACAACAUCAACAACAACAACAGCAGCAGCACCAACAACAACAACAGCAACAACAACAACAGCAGCAGCAGCAACAACAAAACUCAAGUAGUCAGAAGAGUUCCAAGUCAAGCUCGUCGUCAGGAUCGAUGGGUCAAAAGGCAACAAACCUCAUAAAGGACUCGAUCAAGGAAGAAAAGGAUGUGAAAAUCAAGCAGGAAGGACAAAAGCCCACAAUGGAAACGCAAGGUCCACCUCCUCCGCCAACAUCGCAAUACUUCUUGCAUCCAUCGUACAUCAGUCCGAGUCCCUUCGGUUUCGAUGCAAGUCAUCCCAUGUAUCGGAACGUGCUAAUGUCGACGCCCUACAACACACCACCGUAUCAUCUACCGAUGGCGCGCUACCACGCUCCCGAAGAUCUCUCCCGGAAUCCCGGUACUAAGGCCCUCGAUGCAUUGCAUCAUGCCGCCAGCCAGUAUUACACAACGCAUAAGAUUCACGAGCUAAGCGAGCGUGCUCUCAAGAGUCCAACAAGUGGCAACGUCAAAGUCAGUGUUUCUAGUCCGAAUGUGUCGCAACAAGGCGGCGGCGGUGGUGGUGGCGUUGGUGGGGGCGGUAGUGUCCUACCACCCGGAGGGCCGGGUGGGCCAGUCAAUAUGGGCCCAUCGCCCGGCAAUAAUCCCGUGACAGGGGGACCCAAUUCAGGACUUGGGAUACCGUCGGCCAAUCCGUCGGGUCCAUUAAACCUACAACCACCCUCAAACUCAAUGCCUCCAGGCCUGAGUGGUGGUGGUGGCCUGGGACCGCCACAAAAAGGUGAUAACACCAAAUCAAUGGUUGUUGAUCCGCUGCUAAGCAAACAACAGCAGCAGGGACCUGGCGGUGUUGCUGGUAUACCUGGCAGUGGCAGUGGUAAUCCAGCCGAUAGUCGAAGUCCGCCACCCCAGAGACAUGUGCACACACACCAUCAUACGCAUGUUGGACUUGGCUAUCCUAUGUAUCCGGCGCCCUAUGGAGCUGCCGUUUUAGCUAGCCAACAGGCUGCCGCCGUAGCUGUGAUAAACCCAUUCCCGCCUGGACCCACUAAAUGAGAUCAGCUAAGUGAUAAGAAUCCAUACAUGAAGUAAAAAGAACAUCAACCUCAAUCGCCAUUAAAAACCACCACUUACCACCUUUAAAACAAUUAAUUAAUGGCGAUUAAACUUCAUUGACGAUUUUUAUCAUGCGAACAAAACAACAAUAAAAAUAAAAAAAUCUACAACAACAGAAAGAGAAAAACAAACAAAGCAGCAACCAACAGAAUAAGUUGCGCUCAAAAUCCAUCUGGGAAAUGAUAUAACUUUUUUUUUAAAUUAAUUUAAUAAUUUUUAUUUUAUUUUUUUUGACUGUAAUUGUGAAUAAUAAUUAAUACAAAACACUAUUUUAUAAGGAACAAGUAAGUUAAUUAUAAUUAAAUAAAAUAAACUCGUAACUCGGA